AUGGCAUCUGACUUUGCAAGAGAACGAUCAAGACUCGACUCAUCCUUCGUUUGGUUGGCGCUCUACUUUGUUCUCAACUUGGCAUUGACGCUAUACAACAAGAUCAUUCUGUCCGUCUUCCAAUUCCCCUUUCCAUGGACGCUUACUGCCAUUCAUACUCUUUGUGGUGCCAUCGGUUCCUAUACUUUUUGGAAAACGGGCGUCUUUACACCUGCUCAGCUUGGUGACAGAGAAAACUUGACAAUGCUCCUCUUUUCGAUCCUUUAUACGAUCAAUAUUGCUAUCAGUAAUGUCUCGCUUAAUUUGGUCACCGUUCCAUUCCAUCAAGUGGUGCGUGCCAUGACUCCCGUAUUUACCAUCAUGCUUUCGGUCAUGUUUCUUCACAAGUCAUAUUCAUCUAUGACCUACAUCUCUCUGCUUCCAGUCGUAGCAGGUGUAGCAUUUGCCACAUUUGGUGAUUAUGAUUAUACAGCCAUGGGUUUCUUUUUGACAGUGCUUGGUACUGUACUUGCAGCCGUCAAGACGGUGGUUACCAAUCGUGUUCAAGUGGGGCGUCUCAAGCUUCAUCCUCUUGAUCUCUUACUGCGAAUGUCUCCGCUCGCCUUUAUCCAAACCAUGAUCUAUUCCUAUUUUUCGGGUGAAAUGGCUCAAGUGACUGAGUUUUACCACACCAGUUUCAGCACAAGUCUCUUUUUUGCAUUGUUGGUGAAUGGUAUCAUUGCCUUCUUUUUGAAUGUCGUCAGCUUUACAGCCAACAAGAAAACGAGUGCAUUGACCAUGACAGUCGCAGGCAACGUGAAGCAGGUUCUUUCCAUCGUUCUUGCCGUCAUCAUUUUCAACCUUAACAUUUCAUGGAUGAAUGGCUUGGGUAUUUUGCUUACACUUGCUGGUGGAGCAUGGUACACGCAUGUGGAAACGGUUGAACGCAACAGGAAACAGGCUGCUGAAUCCUUGAUGGCGCCAUCCAGCAAUAUUGAAUUAACCGGUGUAAAGACCCAGCGAUGA